UGUAUAUAAUUAUUAUUUCCGAGGCUGAUCAGCCACGUACAAGCAUAUUACUCUCGGCAGGACUAGGGUUCCUCAGUUGCCAUCAUGUUGUUGGGAGUGUUGUUUCUUCUGUUCCUUACCAGCCAGGAGGUCAGUGGUUUAUGGGGGGAUGGGAGCCAGGAUCCUACCUACUCACACUUGGGUUUCUAUCAGAAGAACCUGACAUGCAACGACGCCGGAACCACGUGCCAGCUUUGCUACACUGCGCAUGCUCAUGACGGAAAAGCUUAUUUACACGUGAUCCAAUAUACGACCGAACCCUACAAGUUGGAAUUCGCCAACUUAGCCGGACGUUUUGAAGACAAAUACUCCAUCAUUCAAGACGAUCCGAACCAGACAUUCCGACUGUGCUCGGAGCUCCAAAUGGAGUAUUCUCCCAUGAGAGACAGGAAGCUUGUCAUUUGCCUGGAUACUCGCUUCCCUUCCGGUGUAGUUGUGCCAGAGACCUGUGCCUCACCCAUCGCUGUGACUUCACUGCACUUUAACUAUGGAGACAAGGAGAUGAGGGGCCAACAGGUGUUAGUGUGUAAGCCUUAGCAAUCAGUGGCGGUACUGAAGGAGAGUGGAGUGUCCACAAUACCCCAAUCAAUCUUAUUCGAUUUUUCGUCUCUUUAUUUUUUUAAACUAUGUUUUAUCCAAACGCAAAAAAGCUACUUUGUUCUAUUUUUUUUCAUAAUGCAACCCUCUGAAAAUACAUUUUUAUUUGUUGGCUGCUUUUGCGCCAAUAACGCACAAAGGAUAUGCCUGAAUAAUUAUCGGUCCAUAAAUGAAUCAAAAUGUGAAUUGCGAUUAUUCCAUAACUGGACGUUGUAUACUUGUUCGAUGAGCAAGUCAAAAGUGAAUAAAUGUUGUUCUAUUUGAAGAAAACAAGCAGUUUGAAAAUAAAUAUCUGAGUUGGUAUGGGUAAAACUCGUAAAUAGUACAGGGAGCAACUUGAAGCUAUUCCCAAGCACAAAAGCAAAGCAAAACAAACACUCAAGCACUCUACGUGUAGUCUACAAUCCUGGACCAUUGUUGUUGUUGUUUUCCCAAAGGUUCGGGACAACUGUGGGCCCUUUUACGAUAUGAAGGAAUAUGGUAUUCAUUAAAAUACAAAUGUAAGGAAAAUUUAAGUACUUUUUAAAAUUUCGCUUUAAAUUUACAUAGGGCCUAAAGAGUUCUUACUGUGACAAUUUGGGUAAUGUCGUAUUUGUUUUAAUUGAAUAUUAGCAAAUUGUUGCACACUGUUUAGAAUUUGUCGGCGUAUUUGAACCUCCGAUUACCACAAUUUAAAAUUGAACUUAAUUAGUAAUUAAGGUGAUGCAAUGUAUUGGUAUCCUGAGGUUUUGCUUGAUGUUUAAAUUAUAUGGUGAGAAGUUGGUUAAGAAUGGUAAAAUAAAAUUGUUUCAGUUUGUAAAUUAUAUGCUUGGUCAAUUGAGCACUUGUUGGCUUCCUGCCAUUCUUCUAUUACUGUUGUUUCCUUUUAACAGGCAUAUGAGAUCAUUUCCUGUUAAUACAUUUCCAAUAUUCCACUCAAAAUCCAAAUAAGAAUGGCAUCUUGCAGUUCAUGACAAUUUUGAAAAGAAAAUCAAGCAAGACAAAUCAGUACAAUUUGCAGGUAGUUAUUGAAUCAGAGCUUAUUGGCUUCAGCUUAUAUACACCGAUUCAGCAACAAAAAUGACAUUUUUGCAGUCGAUACAUUUUAAGAUUUAAGUCAGUUACUGUGUUGUUUCAGUGAAAGGGAUGUUUCUAGUGUUUACACCCGGAAAACAACGUCGUUUCAGUGGCCUCGGUCGCUCAUCUCUUUGUCUUCUUUGGGGGCUUCUAGCUUCACAUUCCAACAGUACAAAUGUGUACAAAUCUUAUCGCGUUUGUAGCCCGUAAUAACCGGAUGUACCGGUUUUAAGUAUUAAUUAGGGAGAAAAAAGUGCGGGCGCUCUUGCGAUUAAGUCGAGAUGUUAUUUUUGCCAGAAAAAAAUAUGAGAAUUGAGUUCAGUGCAAUUACCACAAAAUGCAAAAGGCUGUAUU